ACAGACUGUUGAGACAUUGGUUGACGUGGCUGAAAUUAGGGGACUUCAUCAUUUAAAAUUGACAUUGAAAUAUGCCUUGUUCUGCGAAUUCCAUUUAGUCAUUAGUAAACCUCUUUCGUUUGCUAGCACGGUUAUAUAGGCAAACAACGUUUAAAAAAUAGCUAGCUGGCUAGCUAUUUGAUUUGGCCUCAUAAUGAAUGUUCCAAAAAGUGGUUAUCGUGUCUUCUCCGCCAACUCUACCGCAGCGUGUACAGAACUGGCCAAGAAGAUCACAGAGCGACUUGGAGUUGAACUAGGGAAGUCUGUUGUUUACCAGGAGUCAAACCGAGAGACCAGAGUCGAUGUGAAGGAGAGUGUGAGAGGUCAAACAAUCUUCAUCAUCCAGACGAUACCCAGAGAUGUAAACACUGCCAUUAUGGAGCUGCUGAUCAUGGCUUAUGCCCUGAAAACCUCCUGUGCAAAGAACAUCAUAGGCGUCAUCCCUUACUUCCCUUACAGCAAACAGUGUAAGAUGAGGAAAAGAGGCUCCAUAGUCUGCAAACUGCUGGCUUCUAUGCUGGCUAAAGCAGGUUUGACCCACAUCAUUACUAUGGACCUCCACCAGAAAGAGGUCCAGGGCUUCUUCAGUUUCCCAGUGGACAAUCUUCGUGCAUCCCCAUUCCUUCUCCAGUACAUCCAGGAGGAGAUUCCAGAUUACAGAAAUGCUAUCAUUGUUGCAAAGUCACCCUCUGCGGCCAAAAGGGCUCAGUCGUUUGCAGAGCGUCUGCGUUUGGGUCUGGCGGUUAUGCACGGAGAGGCCCAGUGCUCUGAGUCAGAUAUGGCAGACGGGCGGCAUUCCCCUCCCUGUGUCCGUAACGCUACGGGACACCCAGGGCUGGAACUACCAUUGAUGAUGGCCAAGGAGAAACCACCCAUAACAGUGGUGGGAGAUGUGGGAGGGAGAAUAGCCAUUAUUGUUGAUGACAUUAUCGAUGAUGUUGAGGGCUUUGUGGCAGCAGCUGAAAUCCUGAAGGAGAGAGGAGCCUAUAAGAUUUACAUCAUGGCCACUCAUGGCCUGCUUUCAGCCGACGCCCCACGACUCAUCGAGGAGUCCGCUAUUGACGAGGUUGUGGUGACUAACACUGUUCCUCACGAGGUGCAGAAGCUCCAGUGUCCGAAGAUCAAGACGGUGGAUGUUAGUAUGAUCCUGGCCGAGGCCAUCCGUCGAAUCCAUAACGGGGAAUCCAUGGCUUAUCUGUUCCGCAACAUCACUGUAGAUGACUAAUCCAUGCUGACGUUUAAGAUGGGGUGGCGGCGACACGUCCAAAGAAUUCCAUGAUCUCCCCUACCCCUCAUUCUGUAAAAAGUGCCAAGCACUCCUCAAAAACGCCGUCACGCGCGCCUGUUUUAACUCCACCGUUACCGCUCUGAACACGCCUCCCCAUUCAACAGCCAACGCAGCUUAAAAUUUGAUCGAGUCCUGCAUGAGAAAACUAACUCACUUGGUAAGGGCAAAGACAAACAAAUAAAAAAAAAAAGAAACGAAGUUUUAAAUCUUUCACAGACAUGCCCCAGAGCUGCUCGGCGGUGUGUUGUUAGGCUUAUGUAUUCCUCAUGCAAAGAGGGGCAGUGGUGCAGUUAGCAGUAGUGACAGUGAUGUACAAGACGCACAGUUAUUAGAUGUCAUGUGCUUCAUUUUCACUUCCAUACAGCCCCUUUCAACACUAAUUUUUAUUGUGCUGUGUCAUAACUGAAUCCUCUACAUAUAAAAAGAUUGUCAUGGACUGCAUGAUAGAUUUAUUGAAGGGUAUCUGUUAUUCUUGACCAAAAUUACCUUUCGCCAACUUUUUGUCCAAUAUUUGAAACAUGUUCCGUCCACACUUCAGACGGUAUCCCCCUAAAUCUCUUUGCCGCAUAAACAUUGUGAAAUCUCAAUCAUUCCACUAGAUAAUUAUACACAUACUCUAAUUGGUUUGGGAAACAACAGAACACCAGAUGGACUUUGCGUUUACUAAACAGUGUGUGUGGGUGUACGUGCGUGUGCCGUCCAUGUCAGUGUAGUCUUGUCUUCAGUGUAAAAAGGUGGAUGGUCAACAGAUCUUUAGUUUAGCCUCAUGUAUUCCCAUUCGUGGAAGAUUAUAGUAACUUUGUAAGGAAAAGUCAAUGAGGUAGGCUCUGUGGUAUGAUGGUCAAACAUGGUGAAAUUUAACAGACCUUUGGACUUAAAUUACCUCUGUUUAACAUACACAAAUAUUGUAGGCUGACCUUCAGGCCAGAUGUGCUUCUCUUUUGUUGACAGGAUGUUUUAUUUAUAAUAAGCCAUAUGCGUGCCCACGCUCUUGCAAGGAUUUUAUUUACAGUUGUGCGUAUAGCUUUAGUACUAAGUUCCUAUUCACCACGCCUAACCCGAAAACUGACUACUUAAAAAAAAA